UCAAGAAAGAUGGCAGGAAAUGCAUGCAGCGAGAUUCGCGGAGCUUUCUUCAUCUUAUUCUUCUGAUCUCUUCUCUCUCACUUUCCCACCUCUGAACCCAAAAUCUCUCUUUGCGUCACCCACAAAUCCUAAUCCAACUUCUCUGCCAUCAAACCCACAAACUAAUCAGCGUUAAACCCAUUUUGCUGACAUCCCCACAUUUCUCACCUCUUCAAUCUCCACGAUUUCUUUCGGAAAUUAACUACAUCCACCAUCCCUCUCUAUCUACAACCCAUGGGCCAAAGCUUCAGUGUGAUACCACCAAGCUUGAAGCGGAAGCGGGAUCCUGAAUCGGAGGACCAAAACCAGCAGGCUCGCAAGGUGCUCGUAGUCCAAGACCCAAACAAAGAAGUCCAAUCAAACUCAACCACAAGAACCACCUCGUCAUCUUCUCAAUCUGGUUGGAAUUAUGACGUCUUCUUGAGUUUCAGAGGUGAAGACACUCGCAAGAACUUCACCGAUCACCUCUACUCUGCCUUGGUGGGGGUCGGAAUUCGUACCUUCCGAGAUGACGAGGAGCUUCGAAGUGGGGAGAACAUCUCUACCGAACUACUCAAUGCAAUUUGUGGAUCAAGGAUUUCCAUUGUGGUGUUUUCUGAAUGCUAUGCUUCUUCAAGGUGGUGCCUUGAUGAGCUUGUAGAAAUCAUGCAUUGUAGGAAUACCAUAGGCCACACUCUUCUUCCAAUAUUUUAUCACAUGAAUCCCUCGGAUGUUCGACACCAGAUCGGAACUUUUGCGAAAGCCUUUGCUGGGCAUGAAAAGCGAUUUCAGACCGAUAUGGAGAGGGUGCGAAGGUGGAGAGCAGCACUUACUGAAGCUGCAAGUUGUUCCGGCUGGGAUCUUAAUAACGUUGCAAAUGGGUAUGAAUCAAGAUUCAUCAAAGUGAUUGUUGAAGAAGUUUUGUGUAAAGUGAACCCCGCUCUCUUGAAUGUUGCCAAACACCCAAUAGGAAUGAAGUCUCGGGUUGAUGAUAUUAAAGUUUUAUUAAAUCUUGGAACAAGAGAUGUUCGAGUUGUGGGCAUUUACGGAAUGGGUGGAAUAGAUAAAACAACCCUAGCAAAAGCUGUCUACAAUGAAAUAUGUGAUGCAUUUGAAGGAAAUAGCUUUCUUUCAAACCUUAAAGAAAGUUCAGAAAAGCCUGAUGGUUUAAUCCACUUACAAAAUCAACUUCUUUCUGAUAUAUUGAAAAUGAAUUCGAAGAUUGUGAAUGUUGACAGAGGAACCAAUAUAAUUCAACAUAGAAUUCAUGGAAAAAAGGUUCUUGUUAUUCUUGAUGAUGUGGAUGAUUUUGGAAACCUACACAUGUUAGUUGAAAAGCACUGGCUUGGUCCAGGAAGUAGAAUCAUUAUAACAACUAGAGAUGAACAUUUGCUAACUCAAUUGGAAGUAGAUGAAAAAUAUGAAGUUGAAAUACUGAAUGAUUGGGAGUCUCUUCAGCUUUUCAAUUGGCAUGCCUUCAAGAUGACCAAUCCAAAUCCAAACGGAGAUUACUCAAAGCUUUCGAUUGAAGCAGUGAAUUAUGCCGGAGGACUUCCAUUAGCUCUUGAGGUUUUGGGUUCUUUUCUUAAAGGAAGAAGCACUGCUGAAUGGAAAAGUGAAUUGGACAAAUUACAAAGAACUCCUCAUCAAAAGAUUCAAAAAAUACUUAGAAUAAGUUUUGAUUCAUUGGAUAGAAUUAUAAAGCACAUAUUCCUUGAUAUUGCAUGUUUCUUUGUCGGUAUGGACAAAGAAUAUACUAUCAAAAUACUCGAUGGUUGUAAUUUCUUUCCAGAGAGUGGUAUCCCUAUUCUCAUUCAAAUGUCACUUGUGACAAUUGAUUAUCAAAAUAAGUUGAAGAUGCAUAAUCUGAUUCGAGAUAUGGGAAGAGAAAUUGUUUGUGAAGAAUCGCCCAAAUAUCCAGGAAAACGCAGCAGGUUGUGGUUUUACAAGGAUGUCUUAAAUGUACUACACAAACCUACGGGUUCGAAGAAAGUGGAGGGUCUUAUCUUAAAUCCCCCGCUACUUGAAGAUGUAAAACUGGAAACUAAAGCAUUUAAAAAAAUGACGAAUUUGAGAUUACUCCAAAUCAAUGAUGUACAACUUACAGGAUCCUAUGAAUGUCUCUCCAAAGAGUUGAAAUGGCUUUGUUGGCAUAAGUGCCCUCUAAAAUCUCUCCCACAAGAUUUUCAUCUAGAAAACCUUGUUAUUCUCGACAUGCAGCAUAGUAAAGUCAAACGAGUUUGGAAGAAGAAGAAUAAAAUUUUCAACAAGUUGAAGGUCCUUAAUCUUAGCAAUUCCAAAUAUCUCACUAGAUCACCAGAUUUCUCACAAGCCCUACAAUUGGAGGUACUAAUAUUUGAAGGUUGCACAAACUUGGUUGAGGUUCAUGAGUCCAUUGGACAUCUCAAAAGACUUGUUUUAUUGAAUUUAGAGAAUUGUACAAAUCUGAAGUAUCUUCCAAGAAGCAUUUUUAACUUAGAAUCUCUUGAAACUCUUGACUUGUCUGGCUGCUUGGCAUUUGAAAAAUUACCGAAUCAACAACCAUCAUCCUUUGGUCUUUUCAUGAAUCUCAAAACUGCAUCAUUUUCUGGGUGUAGUAGUCUCAUCACGUUACCAAACUUCUUACAUGUCCCACAUUUGGAGAGUCUGAAACUUGAUGGUUGUACAAGCUUGGUUGAGAUUCACAAGUCUAUUGGACUUCUAAAAAGACUUGUUUUGUUGAAUUUACGAAGUUGUGUGAAGCUUAGGAAUCUUCCAAAUAGUAUUUCAAACUUAGAGUCUCUUGAAACUCUAGACUUGUGGGGUUGCUUUAAUCUUGAAAAUUUACCGGAGCAAAUAGGGAAUAUGACGGCUUUAAAAAAGCUGGAGGUGAGCUUCACCGCUAUUAAGCAACUACCAGAGUUCUCACAAACCUCACAUAUGGAGGAACUGAUACUUGAGACUUGUACAAGCUUGGUUAAGAUCCACGAGUCCAUUGGACAUCUAAAAGGACUUAAAUUACUUGAUUUAGCAGGGUGCAAGAAGCUUAGGGGUCUUCCAAUUAGUUGUACUUCUAACUUAAAAUCUCUUCAAAAUCUUAUAUUGUCUGACUGCUCAGAACUCGACAAGUUACCGGAACAAUGGGGGAAUAUGAUGGCUUUAAGCUGUUUGGUUGCAGACGGAACUACUAUUGAGCAAAUACCAUUGUCCUUGGGUCUUUUGAGUAGUCUCAGUAUUUUAAAAUUACCGGGAUGUGGAGGAAUGAUAUCACCCCAUAGCUCCAACCGCAUAAGUUUGCUAUCCAUUUCUAAAUUAUGUUCAUUGACACGUCUAGAUCUCAGUUGCCGCAAUUUGUCCGAAGACGAGAUCCCCAUUGAAUUUGAAUGUUUAUCUUUACUCGAAGUAUUGGAUUUAUCAAGAAACAAUUUUCGUAACCUACCUAGUUGCAUCGGCCGCCUUCCUAAAUUAGAGCUUUUGAUUUUGAAUGAGUGUACUACUCUUCAAUCAAUUUCACUACUCUGCAAUGAAUUUCACUACCAUUUGAAAGCAAAUGGCUGCACAUCAUUGGAAAGAAUCUCAGUUCUGACGAAUGAGAGUUCAGGAUAUUCUGACCUUGAUAAUCUCGACAACUGGUGCGAAAUGGUGUCCACAUCUAUUGACCUUGAUAAUUGCCCCAAACUGGCUGAGAUUCAAAAUUUGGAGAGUUUGCAACGGAUACCAGUUUAUGUUAGAAUGGGAAGCUGCAACAAUCUAUCAUCUGAUUUUAGGGAGAGUGUUCUCCCGUAUCUUCUUCAGACAAUGUGCAAGACAGGUGAUGCAGAUCCUGUCGUUUUCCUCCCCGGAAGUGAGAUUCCAAAUUGGAUUAGCCAUCAAGCAAUCGGUUCUUCAAUAUCCUUUUGUGUACCUCCGUUAUUGGAAGGUAAAAUCGACAAGGUGCUUUUCUGCAUUGUUUAUGCAAUAAACAAGGAAGCACCCAGAGACAUAUUAGAGCAAAGUGGUUAUUUGAGAUGGAAAUGGAGAUUUUGUAAUAAAAGUUCGAGAGAUCAGUCCGAUAACUGGGAUGACUGGGAUGACGUGCCACAUACUCAUCCGAUUACCCCAGCUUUUCAUAUCUUUGAAGAUCAUAUACAUGCACUAAAGAUUACUGACUCUAUGUGGAUAGAAAGACUUCAGAUGAAUAGUGGAGAUGAAAUAGAGUUCGCCGUCGAUCUACAAAUGAGGCACCAAGGAUUUAUUCAUAACUCAAAAAUGUGUGAAAUUGAUUCGCAAAUAAUGGAAGUGAAGAGGUGUGGAAUCCAUCUGUCGAAUCAAUGAGUAAUUCUAGAUAAUUUUGCACAAUUCCACCCCAAAUAUAUGACGGUCGUGGCGGUGGAUAAAAAAGCAAAUUGGUGAAAUGCAUGAGAAACCGUUUCCUGCUGUCACUGAAAUUCCCUCACUCACAGACGGCAUCUGCAUGCCUUAAGCAGCUGCCAAGCAAUCAUUCCUCACCAUCGAGCCAAAGAUGCUUGCAAACAACUCAAGUCAAAGGCAAAAAUUACAGAGGCCUUGUUCAUCUUCAAAGUCUCAUAUGGCUUGGUUCAGAGAUUCUGAUACAAAGAUUCCACUUUUCAUUUUUUUUGGUUCAGAAGCCUAAUCCGAGUCUCCAGCAUCAAAACCAGAAACAGAGCGCUGAACCCAUUUCCAUUGGCUUCUCUGGCGUGGUUGAGCACUGAAGCCACCGAUCAGUACUCGGGCCUGGGGCCCACGGUGCCGGAGGUGAAGCCAAGGGUGGUGGUGGUGGGCUCCGGGUGGGCUGCUUGCAGGUUCAUGAAGGGCCUCGACAUCAAGCUCUAGUGUGCGUCUCCUCGGAACCACAUGGUGUUCAUGCCCCUCCUGGCCUCCACCUGCGUGGACCACAUGUCAGCAAUUUUGCAGGAGGCAAAUGGCAUGGAACUGGGAGAUCAAUCCAUUUGUUUACAAGCAUUGGCAGAUACAAGGCUCUAGUAGAUAUAUUUGGCAAAGCAAGGAUUUGUCAGUUGGUUUAUUUGGUGCUCAGCAUAUCUGAGUCACUUGUGUUAAAAGCUGGAGGAACAGAUUUGUGUGGCAAUCAGCCUUCGUGUUUGGUUGUGAUAUUAGCAGAAUUGGUUCAGCAGAGGGUGAC